AUGGAAGCUUGUCACUCUCCACAGCAAUCCAAUGUCACUUCAUACGGGGCCACAACUCUGGCCAUCAUCAGCCUGGAGGCCUUUGCUGGCAUGUGGAUAAACGCUUUCCUUGUUUGUGUGCUUUGCAUUGCCUGGGUCAAAAAGAAAACCCUGAACUCUAAUGAGAAGAUCUUGCUGCUUCUGGGAUGCUCCAGGUUUUUCUAUUUAGGCAUCUCAUGGGUAUAUUCCUUUCUUUCAAUAAUUUAUCCCAAUUACCUUUAUGUUCACACCAUAAUUCAGCUUAUUGUAUAUUUUCAAACCUUUUUUAAUAAUUGCAACUUGUGGUUUUCUGCCUGUCUUUGUGUUUUUUAUUGUAUAAAAAUUGCGAAUUUCAGGAACAGGUUCUUCAUCUACCUGAAAGUAAAAAUUGACAGGAUUGUGCCCUGGCUCUUGUUGGGGUCAGGGAUUUUAGCCUCAGCUGUAAGCAUCAUUAUCUAUGACCUCGCUGAAACUGACAGUAACAACCUCAAUUUCACCUGCCUUGGAAAUUUUUUGGAAGCAAGUGUCAGAAUGGAUAAACAUUUUUUCUCUUCUUUUUUUCUCAUGGGCUUUGGAUAUGCUGCUUCAUUUAUGGCAGUCAUCUUUUCUGCUGUUUUCCUUCUCUUUUCUCUCUGGAGACACAAACGCAAGAUGCAGACAAACUCCAGGAACAACCUCAGCAUGGAUGCCCACAUCAGGGCCAUGAAAUCAAUUCUCUCCUUCUUAGUGAUGUACAGCAUCAAUUUCAUAUGUUUGAUCCUGACAAUAAUUUAUGUCAAUAAGAAUGAAAAUACCAUGAUACUUCUUAUAUCCAUAUAUCUGAAUGCAUUUCCAGGUGUUCAUUCCCUUAUUCUGAUUUUUGGUAAUCCCAAGUUGGAAAAGGCACUGCUAAAGAUUCUCUGCUAUGUGAAGUGCAAGUUUUUCAUGAAGUAG